AUGGCGGCUUCUGUUGAUGGCCGGACAGGUUUCCACGCUACAGAACAGUCUUUGGAGCUGGACGAAAGCAAACCUAUGACGAAGUGCGAAAUUUGCGGAAAGCUCGUUACUGUCAAAAACUACAGGAGGCACAAGAAGGCCCACAUCGACGGACGUUUAUUCGAGUGCGAGACGUGCGGCAAAAACUUCAACAGAGCCGGCAACUUGAAGAGCCACAAGAUAAGCCAUUCGGGGAAAAAGCAAUUCAAAUGUGAAAUCUGUGACAGAGAUUUCUUCCGCAAGGAACAGUUAGCCCGACACCUUAAAAUGCACGGUUCGGAACGUCCGCAUAAAUGCUCGAUUUGUGGAAAAGGGUUCUUAUUUCUGCACCCGCUGCUAAGCCACAUGAUUUAUCACAGCGAUGAGCGACCGUUUAGCUGCGACAUCUGUGGCCUUUCGUAUAAGAUGGCUUCUUCUCUGAAAGCCCACAAGAAGACCCACGCGUAUCUCGAACAGAAGCCGUUCAAAUGUAACCUGUGCGAUACACAGUAUGUCCACAAAAGUAACCUGAGGGUGCACAUGAAGCUACAUUCGGAAGGACGAUGUUUGAAAUGUACCCAUUGUAAAGUGAAGUUUUCCUCUCAUGAAAGUCUAAAAGAGCACACCUGCAAAGAGCGACCGUUCAAGUGUACGGAUUGUGGGAAAACAUUUGUGGCCGUUAAAUACCUAACAAACCACCAUCGAACGGUACACAAGGAUAACAAACUGUACGAAUGUUCGUUCUGCGAACGAAGCUUCCGGUGGCGCUAUAAUCUUAGCAAGCACAUGAAGGUGCACUCCGACAGGCAACUGUACGGAUGUAGCUAUUGUGACUGUCACUUUGCACAGCAAGCGGAAGCAGACGAGCAUGAAGCUCGGCACAAGCAAAAGGGGCAAACGCCAACGACGUCGUUACAAUCAGUAGCGUUGCCCGUUGACGGAAAUAGCUCGAUCACGGGAUGA